UCUAUUGCUUCCUGGGUUGACUUCACUCCGAGUUCUCAUAUAUAGCUCCACGCAUAUAGCUGUCAUCGAAGGCACCGGUGUGGCAUCAUUGCUCCCGAGGACGAAUUCCUUCUCAGCUUCCUGCCAUUGAUGGCCGCUCAAGCUUCUGGGACCCUUUUCCUUUGCCUCCUCGUCUUGUCCUGCCCGCACGCCGCCGUCGCCGCCGGCGAGAAGGCGACCGUGUCGGUGAGGGCGGUGACGGCCAUCUCCCACACCGACGACAACUUCAUCUGCGCGACGCUCGACUGGUGGCCCAGGGACAAGUGCAACUAUGGCAUGUGCCCCUGGCACAACUCCUCCAUCAUCAACCUGGAUCUCUACAGCCCUAUCCUGUACAAUGCUGUCAGAGCCUUCAACUCGUACAAGGUUGGCAAGCACUACGCCGACUGCCCCAGCUUCCGGCGAAACGACGCCCGCCUCUUCGGCUUCACCGAUGGCUGCCUCGCCAUGAACCGCUGGGACGAGCUCAACAUCUUCUUCCGGCGAACCAACACUACGGUGAUCUUCGGGCUGAACGCGCUGAGGGGCCGGCGCAAGGCCGCCGAGAACGGCAGCACGCUCCACGUCGGCGACUGGGACGGCCGCAACGCGCGCGACCUGAUGCGCUACACCGUGAGCAAGGGCUACAGCGUGGAGUCGUGGGAGUUGGGCAACGAGCUGUGCGCCGGCGGCGUGGAGGCCAAGGUGAAGGCGGCGCAGUACGGGAAGGACGUGCUCCGGCUCAGGAAGAUGGUGGACAAGGUGUACAAAGGCACCGGCCACCACCCCAAGGUGCUCGCGCCCGGGGGCUUCUACGACGGGCCCUGGUUCUCCGAGAUGCUGCGCGUCUCCGGCCCCGGCGUCGUCGACGGCGUCACGCACCACAUCUACAACCUCGGCUCCGGGAAGGACAAGGACCUGAUCAACAAGAUGCAGGACCCGUACUACCUGGACAAAGUGGCGCAGACGUUCAGCGACAUGGAGGCGACGGUGCGGGAGUCCGGGCCGUGGAGCUCGGCGUGGGUGGGCGAGUCCGGCGGCGCGUACAACAGCGGCGGGAAGGACGUGUCGGACAGGUUCGCCAACAGCUUCUGGUACCUGGACCAGCUCGGCAUGUCGUCCGUGUUCGGCACCAAGGUGUACUGCCGGCAGGCCCUCGUCGGCGGGAACUACUGCCUCCUCAACACCACCACGCUCGCCCCCAACCCGGACUACUACAGCGCGCUGCUCUGGCACCGACUCAUGGGCCCGGGGGUCCUCCAGACCACCGCCGCCGCUGGCUCGCCUUACCUCCGCUCCUACGCGCACUGCUCCAAGAAGCAGCCCGGCGUGACGGUGCUCCUGAUCAACCUGUCCAACUCGACGGCGUUCGACGUGACGGUGGCCGGCGACAUGGACCUGCACCCGCCGCCGCGCAAGUUGCUGCAGUCGGAAGCCGGCGGCGGGGAGGCGGAGGUGUGCGGCGGGCGGAGGGAGGAGUACCACCUGAGCCCCGAGGGAGGCGACAUCCAGAGCCAGGUGGUGCUCCUCAACGGGGAGCCGCUCGCGCUCGGCCCGUGCGGCCAGAUCCCCGAGCUGCGGCCGGCAAUCGCCAUUGACGGGUGCACGCCGGUGCACGUCCAGCCCCACUCCAUCGCCUUCGUCAGGUUCACCGGCUUCAAGGCUCCUGCCUGCGCGUAAUAGAAGCGACGAGUUGCCAUUUGUACUCAUUUGUGAACUACACUAGUUAGGACGCACGUGACAUGCCGGCGCCGGCCACAACGUGCAAUCUGAGAUGUCCACCGAUACCCCGUGAUUUUUGUUAGAACAAUAAAUACAAAAGAGAAAAUCUAAGUUACGCCGCCCCAUCGCGUUUUUUUUAACAUGAUACCAAUGCAA